UCUACGCUGCAAGAAUUUUUGAGGUUAGCAGCCAAAUUUAAAAAUACAUUGUUAAAAAUGCCCAAACGACCGUCCACAGAAAAUACAAAGCAACAAAAUGCUAAAAAACCCAAACCAAGUGGCCACUGGGCAAUGGGGCUGAUUGAUAAAAUGAAAGAUCCCGAAUAUGUUGUAAGUAAAGACGAUUUAGUCACCGUUAUAAAAGACUGUUACCCCAAAGCUAAGUUCCACUAUCUUGUACUGCCAAACGCGGAUAUAAGUAAUUUAAAGGCAGUAAAGCAGUCAGAUAUUGAUUUACUGAAGCACAUGGAUAAGGUGGCAAAUGAUUUAAUAAAUGAAGACAAACACAAGAAAAGCAAAUUUAAAAUUGGGUAUCACGCAGAGCCAAGUAUGAUAAGGUUACAUCUACAUGUUAUUAGUGAUGACAUGGACUCUGUGUGUUUGAAAAAUAAGAAGCACUGGAACAGUUUUACAACAAACUUUUUUGUGAAGUCUAAAGAUAUUAUAAAAAAUUUAGAGGAGACUGGAAAAAUUGUACUACCCUCAAAAGAAGAAUGUAAAAGUCUAAUAAACACACCUUUAAAAUGUCACAAAUGUUCGUUUCUCCCAAAAAAUAUUCCUGAUUUAAAAAAACACAUAUUGACACAUAAAUAAAUGUUACUAAAUGUACUUGUAAAUUAUUAAAAUAAAUUAUUUUAGAUUUA